UUCCCGUUGCCGUCGCGCUUUUAGAGCUGCCCGCAGCCGCCUGCGAACCGCUCCAGCGCCGUGGCGGCGGCUCCCAAAACCCCGCGGUGGGCGCGUGGCGGGCGCGGCGAUCCCGCUCCCUCCUCCCGUGCCGCUCGCGGCGUCGGCAGCGCUGCCGCGGCGGGCCGCGCUGUCCGGCGGGGCUGCCCGGUGGGGGCUCCGGCGAUGUCCGGCUCCCGGGCGGCUCCUCCCGGUUGAGCGGCGGCUCCGCGCGGGCCCCGCGCCCUCCCCGCGCCGCACCCGCGGCCCGCCCGGCCGGGCAUGAGGCGGAGCGGCGGCGGCACAAAGGCUCCAGCGGGGCUGCGCCUUGCCUGAGGCGGCGCCGGGCCCGCCGCGCCCCGCGGGGCGAUGUCGCACGAUCACGACAUGGACAGGACGAUCAAGGUUGGCGGGGGACGCCGCCGGCGGGGCGGAUUUUGGGGCGGUUCGUCCCGGGGGGUUUGCUCGGGAUCCCGCGAACCGAGGAGCUGAAGUUUGUGGUGUUUGUGUUUUAGCGAGCAGAGGAAUUGGUGCUCGCUGGCCGCGAGUUGUGGUGUUCGCUCAUUAAUUAGUGCUGCUGGUUAAUGAGGCUCUCAUUAUCCAUGGAAACCUCCAUUUUAGAGGAAUACAACAUAAACUGGACUCAGAAGCUGGGAGCUGGGAUCAGUGGCCCUGUUAGAGUCUGCAUGAAAAAAUCCUCCCAAGAACGCUUUGCACUGAAAAUCCUCCUCGAUCGUCCAAAAGCUCGAAAUGAGGUACGUCUGCACAUGAUGUGUGCAACACAUCCCAAUAUUGUUCAAAUAAUUGAAGUUUAUGCUAACAGUGUGCAGUUCCCACAUGAAUCCAGCCCCAGGGCUCGGCUCCUAAUUGUAAUGGAGAUGAUGGAAGGGGGAGAGCUCUUCCACAGAAUCAGCCAGCACCGGCACUUUACUGAGAAGCAAGCGAGCCAAGUAACAAAGCAGGUAUUGGAGGCACAAAGAAGACAUCAGAAAGAAAAGUCUGGUAUUAUCCCCACCUCUCCAACCCCUUACACCUACAACAAGAGCUGUGACCUGUGGUCCCUGGGGGUGAUUAUCUACGUGAUGCUGUGUGGGUACCCCCCCUUCUACUCCAAGCACCACAGCCGGACGAUUCCCAAGGACAUGAGGAAAAAGAUCAUGACAGGAAGCUUCGAGUUCCCAGAGGAGGAGUGGAGCCAGAUCUCAGAAAUGGCAAAAGACAUUGUCAGAAAGCUGCUGAAGGUCAAACCUGAGGAACGUCUGACCAUUGAGGGGGUGUUGGACCAUCCCUGGCUCAAUUCCACAGAAGCUCUGGACAACAUCCUGCCCUCUGCCCAGCUGAUGAUGGACAAGGCCAUGGUGGCAGGGAUCCAACAGGCUCAUGCAGAACAACUUGCAAACAUGAGAAUCCAGGACCUCAAAGUGAGCCUGAAACCCCUUCACUCCGUGAACAACCCGAUCCUGCGCAAGCGGAAACUCCUGGGCACCAAGCCAAAGGAUGGUGUUUACAUCCAUGACCCUGAGAAUGGAAGCAAUGAUUCCAACGUGGCUCUGGAGAAGCUGAGAGAUGUGAUUGCUCAGUGCAUUCUACCACAGGCUGGUAAAGGAGAGAAUGAAGAUGAGAAGUUGAAUGAAGUGAUGCAGGAGGCCUGGAAAUACAACAGGGAGUGCAAAUUGCUGCGAGACACCCUGCAGAGCUUCAGCUGGAACGGCAGAGGAUUCACAGACAAAGUGGAUCGACUAAAACUGGCAGAAAUUGUCAAACAAGUGAUUGAAGAGCAGACAAAUUCCCACGACUCUCAAUAGCUGGAGCUUCUUAAUCUUAUUUUUUUUACCAUUUAAGAUUUAUUCUUUAACUGUAAAAAGUAUUUUUAUGUAAAUUAAUAAAUCAUAAUUAUUUCAUUAAAUUUCCAUACUGCUUGAAAAUGCUGUAUAGUUGUAGAUACAAAAAAAAAAAAUCAUUGGUACUGUAAUAUUUUUUUAAAACUCAGUUCCUCGAGGUAUAUAUGAUCACUUAUGUACUGUUAAUCAUGAGCCCCACAAAUGGGGUGGAUUUUAUUGUUAAAAACCAUUCUUUUUCUUAAUAACCAGUUGCAGAAGCUGCCUUUCACCUGCCACAUCCAGCCCCUGCAGUGACUGUAUGCGAAGGAGAGCCACAGUUUCUCAAGCCCCUGCUCAGUGAGUACUUGAAGCAAGUGCUGUGAAAUGCAGAUUCACAGCUCCCCUUGGCACCUAAAUUCCAGGUCUUUAGGUAGAGAGAAAUCAAUUAAAUUAAAUCAAUUAAAUACCUUCAGUUUGGCUUGAUGCCUGGCCCAGGCACCUGAGGCCAUGUGCUUGCUGAAAUUUUCAGUUCUGAGCAGUGACUCUCUUUUAUUUCAUCUUCCCCAUUCCCUCAGACCUUCUUUAAGGCUUAACCUCCUCUCUUCCUUUCUCCUCAUCUUCCUCAGAGCUUUUUUAAGGCUGAAUCAGCCAUUCAGCACAAAACUCUUCUUUUUCUCACCUUGUCCAACAGCAGAACAGAAGAAUGUUCAAGUCUUUAUGCACAAAUUCUUUUAAUUUCCAUGGUGGGAUCUUCCAUGGACCGAGACCAGCCUGGGCUUUGUUUGUUUGGGAUAUUCCCAUUCUUUCCUUCCUAGAAGAUCCAAGGCUUGGGUUCUGACUUGUCCUCUUGUUUGGCAGAGCUGUUCCCAGGCAGGCUCCCAGUGCUCUGGGGAACCCCUGGGAUUUCUCUGGAGCCCAAAUUCUCAUCUCUGAUGCCUUCGAGCUCCUUCUUGGGGGAGCCACAACUGCAGGGCUGCUCCCUGCUCCCCAGGGCAGGUUCUUACUCUAGUCUGGAACAUUGGCUCCAAAAGCUGCUUUUUUAAAUCCUGAUAAAGCAAACCAAUGGCAAGAAUCUGUACAUAGUUCUAGUUUUCUACCUUUUCUGCUUCUCUUUCUUUCAGAGAUCAGGCGGAGGCUUUUUAUAGAGCUAUUUUGGUACCAAAUCCGUGCAGACACCGGCUGAGUGUGGUCUGCAGACUGAAGUGCCAACCCAGGGCCCUCAGUGACCACUCCUGAACGUUGUUGUCUUUCACAGCUCAUCCAUUUUUGGGUUUACAUUGACAAACCUGAGCCAUCAAUCUCCCAAUUCUCUCCUACAAAAGUCCAGCCUUGUUCUUUUUUUUUUUUUUUGUCUCUUUUUCUAUACCAAAACUUCCUUGCAGCUUUAGCUGGAUGGCAAAGCAGUGUCUGACUCUUUCUAUACAAUUUUCUAAACAGUGACUUCUUGUUUUUUCUACAUGAAGGAGAUGCUUUGUUUCCUGUUCUCUGUCAGCUUUCCUUAAUCCUGUGGACAGUUUUCCAAUGCCUGAUUUAUUGCAGGGUAAGGACAGUCCCUGCUUAUCCAUCCUCUGAUGGGAGCAGGGAGUGUCUGUGUGAGCUGGAAUUGUACCUCUGACACUACCUGGAAUAUUUGUGCACUGACCUGUUGAUGAAAACUGAAGAGAAUUGGCAAAAAUUGAGAUGUUUUGUCACUUUUUUGGCUUUACCAUCAAGCCCUGUUAUGUGCAUUUCUGUCCUUGCUGUAAUUCUAGGUCAUGUCUUGAAAUGGUUUCAUUUUGAACUUGAAAUCCAUGUUUUUCUGGGGAAUUGAAACUUUCAAGUGUGGCAGAUAGAGAUGGAAACAAAGAAAUCACCUUUGUUUGAAUGGCAGAGCAGAAAAUCCCCUCCAAAAGCACUUUGUGACUCUGCCCUCCCAGCAGGAAAAUCCUCAGGCCGUUUUUUGGGAGUCAGAAUUUGUUGGAAGUGCAGUCAGGGGGGAAGGUGGGAUCUGAUGUGUGUUAGGGGAUUCCUCCUUUUCUUCAUCCCUUAAGUGCUGCUGAUCCUGAGGUGGGAACAUUUGUACAAAUUUCCAAGGGCUUUUGCCACAAGGAGCUGCUUUUGAUGGAUUUAAUCUACUUUUUCUUGUCUGUGAUAAAUAAGAAGGGCCUGAUUUGAAGCAGAGGGAGGAGGGACAGAUUAAGAAAACACAAUUUGAAGACUCAAGGUCAAAUGGUUUUGUUUCUAUGAGAAAGUUGAUUUUUUUACUCUUGGAAAAGUUCUGUUUUACAUUUCAAAGUUCAAUAACUUUAAUGGAUUCAUUUAUGUGUUUGAAAGUAGCAUUUGACUUUCUCCUUCCUGUGUUUAGUUUAUUUUUCAGUUGAAGCAAGUGCAAAACACCUUGUCUUGAUUCUCUGAGGCUUGACUUGGUAAUAAAUCUACUGAUCCUUUAUAGCAGACUGUGAAUAAUGUAAAUAUCUCGAGCUGGAAGUGUGGGAUCAAAGAAGAAUUUCUUUGUACAAACACUAAAAUAUGUGGGAAAGCUCUGGAGGUUGUUGGGUUUUGGUUUUUUUUAGAAUUUUAUUUAAGUGAAGAAAAAUGUCUGAAAUCAUUUGACCUUUUCAAAAUUUUCUGUAUAACUGGCUUCUCCUGUGAUUUGAUUAUUUGAAGCUUUUCUAUAUAUAUUAAAAUUAGGAGAACCUGAUUAGUGAGAGAGAUUUUGAUUGGAAAUAGCAACAUGUCAAACUUGCUGUCAUUACUCCUGGAUUUUCUUUUGGAAACUCGAGUCUGUCCCCAUGUUUAACUCCUGUGUGUUAAAAUGUUCUCAUUUCUCCUCUCAGUGUUCCCUGUUAGUUCCUUUUGGAUCAGUAUUACAUUGUAAAUAUUACCCAUCCUGUAUAUAAAUGAUUUUACUAAACUCAAAA